AUGACGACGGUUUUCGAGUUCAAACGAACCGUAAUUCGCAAAUCCAAAACUGCCAAAUUGCUCGAAAUCCUCGAAAAGUUCCGCAAAUACGAAGAACGCGUCGAAACUGCAAUUCGCGAGGGAAAAAUCUUCAAAUUUAUCGCAGCUUGGGAUGUUCCCCGCAUCAAACAUGAACUUUUCAAACGAGGUUACAUCGAAACUGUCGCGAAUCCUUUCUACAAUUUGCGAAGUGUUUUGCCGCUGUACAAUUUAAUCGACGCCGCAGAGCCCUUCAAUGACUUCGAGCAAGCUCUUUUGUGCAAAAUUCUCGGCGAUCAUCAACCGAACUACAUUUGGACCGAACAACCGUGGGUCUAUAAUUGGUACGACAACGCAUCGAUCAUAAAUAAACUCGAAUUUGGCAAUGUCAACUUUUGGCUGAAGGACGGCUCGUGUCACUACAUCCGCAUGAUCAACAGCAAGAUCAAAAAGUACAAGCAUCGCAUCAAGUAUCCGCGGAGUUACGAUGUCGUCGAGCACAAAGAGACGGAAAACUUCCAAAAGGACUAUCGGUUCACGGCAGCGACGAGUUUGGUGCAAUUUUUGAACGAUCAGGAAGACAUCGAGUCGUGGUUCAGCAAGGAAAAUGGCACAGUUUACUACAGUUCGCUCGAAUUUGCGCUAAAAGUCAUCGAAUCGCGCAUUCGGAGGAUUAAACGACCCGACGACACAAAUAAUCCGAAUUAUGAGACCAAAAAAUUCCAUCAUCAGUGGAAAAAAGUCUUCAAAGCGCACGAAAAAGUUGUGAUUCAAAAGCAAAAAAUUGUCUGCGGAUUUGACAGAGCGGUUGAUUUUAUCGCGAGAAUAGCGAAAGUGACGGAUCAUUUGUUGCGUUACUAUCCGAAUCGACGACAUGACGGAUAUCACAAUAUUUGGCUGUUGAAACCGACGUACAGCGGCGAAGGAAGAGGAAUUAUUAUUACGCAGAACGAAAAGGAGAUUUUGCAUCAUAUUAAUCACAAUAAUCAGUUUUAUAUUAUCCAGAAAUACGUUGAACGACCUCUUUUGAUCUACAAAACAAAGUUUGAUUUGCGACAAUAUUUCAUGUUUACUGUGGAUAAAGAAUACUUACGAUGUUGGUGGCAUCCCGUAAUGUCAGUUAAAUUUGCUUCAGAAGAAUUUGUUUUGGAUGUUUUUAAUGAAACGAUUCAUCUCACUAACGCUGCCAUUCAAGUAAAAUACAACAAAAAAUCCAACCCAAACUUACCGAUCGAACAUUUAUGGACUCUCGGGCCUCUCGUGAUGUACAUCGAACGUUUCCUCAAAAAGGGCUAUAUGUGGGAGGAAAGUGUCGUACCUGCAAUGAAAAAGGCAAUUUCUCAAAUUUUCUUCGCUUGCAUGCACGAAAUCGACUUGAAACCCGGAAGAUAUGAACUUUUCGGCAACGAUUGGCUCAUCACGGAUGACUUUGAAACGUAUUUGCUCGAAAUUAAUCGUCCUCCGUCGUUAGUUGCUUACAAUUCUCCCGUAAGCGAAAUAGUUUGCAGUACAAUCGCCACGGACAUCAUUCGAGUAUCUGUCGACUUUUAUGAGGAUCCCACAGCAAGCACGGGUCAAUUUGAGAUCAUGCACGAGUACAAAAUAAGCGAUUUGAAGAGCGGAAGGGUGCGUAAAGUGCCUUGUUGGACAUGA